AUGAGUGGCCGAGGGAAGACCACCGGUAAGACUAGGGCUAAGGCCAAGACUCGUUCAUCCCGUGCCGGCCUUCAGUUCCCCGUGGGCCGUGUUCACAGACUGCUACGUAAGGGAAAUUACGCCGAGCGUGUGGGAGCUGGUGCUCCUGUCUACUUGGCUGCCGUGCUGGAGUAUCUGACCGCUGAGAUCCUCGAGUUGGCUGGUAACGCCGCCAGAGAUAACAAGAAGUCUCGUAUCAUCCCUCGUCAUCUGCAGUUGGCCGUGCGUAACGACGAGGAGUUGAACAGACUGCUUGGAGGUGUAACCAUCGCUCAGGGCGGUGUGCUGCCUAACAUCCAGGCUGUUCUGUUACCCAAGAAGACCGAGAAAGGAGCCAAGUCCAAGUAAAGUCGCU